CGUUACCUGUCAGAAAUCUAUUUCUAAAAUUAUGUUUUUAUCUCGUUUUAAAAAUAUUGCUAGCGAAAGAACAACACUGGAAGACAAAUAUAGCAGGCUCUUUAAUCAUGGAGCAGACGACAUGAUGAAAUGUUACCGACAGUGACGUAAAUCUCGAGGGAGUGUGCUUGUUAUACAUACAGAAAAUGGACUCCUUACUGUUGCUUGGGAUUUUUGUAGUAAUUCUAGUCAUAAUAUUCCUGCUGAUGCAGAUGUAUAGACACUAUAGACUACAGCAUUAUGAAGUACCAGCUAGGGACAUAACAAAAGGGCACAAGUUCUACAUGGUGGACGAGUUUCCCGAACAAACAUACUGUAACAUUGGUCACAAUAAAAUAAAGCAUGGUGCUCGCUGUGAUAGCUGCGGAAUUUGUGUUGAUGAUCACAACAUGAAAGAAGCCAAUAAAAAAAUUCCUUGUAAACCAGUGUCUGUGGAAGGUGAUAGACUUGAACAUUACUGGGUGCAGGGUAACCUGCCCUUAUAUAGUAAGUGCUCCACAUGUAAUGAGGAUUGUGGAACUCUGCCACACAUCUGUGAUAGAAAAUGUGCAUGGUGUCAACAAACUGUGCAUGAAGAGUGCUCUCCUAAGUCAGACUUUUGUGAUUUAGGACCUAACAAAACUGCCAUAAUACCACCAACUAGUAUUAAGUUGAAAAGUGUUGGAAUGAAAGGUCGUAAACGUCUUGUAAUUAAAGAAGCUUCUAUUCCUGACAUUAAGAAUUGGAGUCCCUUACUUGUGAUUGGAAAUCGUAAAAGUGGCAAUAAUGAUGGAGAGUAUAUUCUAAGAUCUUUCAAAACAUUGCUAAACCCCACACAGAUUAUAGAUUUGAAUGAUGAUUCUCCAGAGCAUGCGUUAGAAUGGUGUCGAUUACUGCCCACUGUCACAUUCCGAGUAUUAGUUUGUGGUGGGGAUGGAACCAUUGGCUGGGUACUGAAUGCCAUAGAAUCCUUUAAACUACAGAAUCCCCCUCAAGUGGCUAUUUUGCCCCUAGGAACAGGAAAUGACUUAUCUCGAGUCUUGGGCUGGGGGGAGGGAUACACUCAUGAAGAUCUUGAUGUUAAUAGUUUUAUGACACAACUUCAGGAGGCUAAGCCAGUAAAAUUAGACAGGUGGGCUGUUCGGAUAAUCAAUACAAAGAAAGUGAUUGGAAAAGUGAAGAAAAUAAUCAUGAACAACUACUGCUCUCUGGGUGUUGAUGCACUAGUGACCUUGAAUUUUCAUCGUCAGAGGGAAUCAAAACCUUGGUUGUUUGCCCACAGACUAAUAAAUAAGCUUUGUUAUUUCUAUUAUGGGACCAAGGAUGUUUUAGAAAAUGAAUGUAAAAAUCUACAUAAAAAAAUUCAGGUGGAAUUGGAUGGACAGUUGAUAGACUUACCUGAGAUAGAAGCCAUUGUGAUCUUGAAUAUCAGUAGCUGGGGAGGAGGAUGUCAGCCCUGGGGAGCAGGACAUGACGAGAGUAAACAGUUGAAAGCACCCAGAUACAAUGAUGGCAUACUGGAGGUGAUGGGAGUAUAUUCCUCCUUCCAUAUUGCCCAGCUUCAGGUGGGGAUGGUUGAUCCUAUAAGGCUGGGCCAGGCAAAAGUUGUCAAGAUAAGUUUGAGUGGAAGUAAUGUACCGAUGCAGGUGGAUGGUGAACCGUGGGAGCAGUCUCAUCCUGCUGAGAUUAUCAUUACUCACCACAGCCAGGCCAACAUGUUGUCUCUUUGAUGAGGUUUUAUUAGUCAAGCUUGGAUGUUAUUAUUUAUGCUUCAUGCAUCUCUUACUUGCAUUUCUGAAAUUAAGUCUCUCCACCUAUAUUCUUGUCAUAAAAGUAAGGUCUAAAAAUUACAUUGAAAAAAAAGACACAUUGCUUUUACCAUUACAGUAAAUGUAAAAAAAUAAUGAAAUCCACAUUGAAAAUGUGUUUCAUUUAAACAUGUAUGUUUUGUUCCUAAGGAAUCAAAUUUUUAUGUUAUUUAUUUUGAUAGCUGUAGACAAUCAGUGAUCAUAAGCUAUUUUUAUGUUACCUGCAUAGUAUAUCGGUACUAGAAACGGAGAGACCAUUUGUCUGAUGUUUGUCUGCAUGUCUGUCUCUGGUAAUCACACUUUCUUAGAAAACCCCAGAACUAUCUCAGAUCAUGAAAUUCCAUAAAAAGAUGUAACUUGAUAAGAUGAAAAAAUCGCUAGGAUAUACUGUAGUCAGCUCAAAAUAAUGAAAAAAAAAAUCAAUGAAUGUGUUUAUAUUAAUUAGUGUCCUAAUUAUUUCAUCGAACUGCUUUAGAUCUAUGCUUGUGUGUAGGUCAGACAAGUUUGGUUUUCACCAAUGGUCAGAAAACUUUAGUCAUUAAAGUUUUAGGAGGCCCAGAACUAAAACUUGGUGUACAAGGGUUGUCUGUAUGAGGGUUGUCCCGAAAUUCCAUAGACAAUAGUUUUGAAGAAACACGGUGUCAGAGGGUGUCAUAAAUUAAUGAAACAUCUUAAAUUAGGUUCGUAUGGAAAUAAGUAUGAGCAUACAUACAUGUCAAUGAGUCCAAAGAAAUUAUUUGGCAGAAAAUUAGUUUGUAUGCACAAAUUAAUUGAAUAUAUGAAGCUUUUUUUAAUCUCUUUAUUGCAAACGUUCUUCUAAAGCCAUUAAAAAUAUAGUUUCUGUUUAAUAUUUUUAAAAAAAUCCUAAAAGAUUGUGAGUUUAAAACUAAAAUUAAAUAAUUUAAAAAGGCUUUUUGAAUUACUGACCAGCAGGUAACACAUGUUCUUUAAGGACUGAUUUAAUUGAUGGCUUAUUUAGGAAAAAUCCAAUAUGGUUUUUCUUGUCACUGUUUUAUGUUGUAUUUCUAACACUAUAUUGAUAUAAUGUUACUACAGUUUUGGAAGUUUGGAUAAGUAAAGAAUAGUCAUGAUGUCUGCUUAUUCAUACUUAGCAUAUUUAAUGUAUGCAGUAUAAGAGAUUUGAGAAAAAGGAAGACAUUCUACUAACGAGAGUUUGUUGCAUGUGAUUAAUAAAGUAAGCCCAAAUGUAAGAUAUUUUGAAUUUUAGCACCACAUUUGUGUUUCUUAUGAUAUCCAUGCUUUUUAUUGUUUUCAAAUGGAAAACAUUAAUAUUAGAAUACUCUUAUACAUUUUACUGCAGUAUAUUGUAUCUUGUUUGACUUGCACUGUUUUUUCAACCAAGAUGUUGUAAUUAUGUAUAUUUUAAGUGAAGCAAUUUUCCGCUAUCUAGUGUUUAUAUAUUUUGUUUUUAAUUUAUUUUCACACAUUCCUAUUUUAUAUUUUAUUAUAUUAUGAUAGAGUUAUGUUUCUUUAAGUACUUUUAUUAAUUUUUAGCUCACCUGAGCCGAAGGCUCAAGUGAGCUUUUCUGAUCACAUUGUGUCCGUCGUCCGUCCGUCCGUCUGUCCGUCCGUCUGUCCGUCCGUAAACUUUUCACAUUUUCGACUUCUUCUCAAGAACCACUGGGCCAAUUUUGACCAAACUUGGUACAAAGCAUCCUUGGGUGAAGGGGAAUUUAAAUUAUUAAAAGGAAGGGCCAAGUCCCUUCACAAGGGGAGAUAAUCAAGAAAAGACAAAAAUAGGGUGGGGUCAUUAAAAAAUCUUCUUCUUAAGAACCACUGGGCCAGAAAAGCUGAAACUUAUGUGGAAGCAUCCUGGGGUAGUGUAGUUUCUAAAUUGUUCAAAUCAUGACCCCCGGGGAUUGGGCGGGGCCACAAUGGGGAAUCAAAGUUUUACAUAGAAAUAUAUAGGAAAAAUCUUUGAAAAUCUUCUUCUCAAGAACCACUGUGCCAGAAAAGCUGAAACUUAUGUGGAAGCAUCCUGGGAUAGAGUAGAUUUUAAAUUGUACAAAUCAUGACCCCCGGGGGUUGGGCAGGGCCACAAUGGGGAAUCAAAGUUUUACAUAGAAAUAUAUAG